AUGGCAGCACCACGCACUCCCACCCUCGUUCACCCAACACCAUCCCUCCCGUUCCCUAUCCGUAUCACCCUCAUCCUCACACCGUCGGGAUCACAUAUCCCGAGGGGAACGAAUAUCCUGUAUUACGAGUAUGCAUCACAUGGCGUCGAGGUUGGCGAGGGGAACAAGAAGGGCGAAACGAGGACGGGCGCUUGGGAGUGUCCCGUCGAGGGCGAGGUCGUCAAGUGGAGAGUGGGGAAGGGACAAGUCAUCAAGGAUGCUUCGAAACCGAUUGUGGAGAUCCUUGAGCCAUGCAGACAUGAAGAGCAAGUGAACGGGCUCUGCCUCAUCUGCCUCAAAGACGUCUCCGGUAUCGACUACACGGGAUUUAGCGACACCUCCCGCGCCACAGUCGCCAUGGUACACGACGCGGCGUCGAUCACUGUUUCCCCCGAAGUGGCCGCUCGGUUAGAACACGAGAGUCAGAUCCGCCUGCUGGGGAGCAGGAAGCUCAGUCUAGUUGUCGAUCUCGACCAGACGAUCAUACAGGCUACUGUGGACCCUACAGUGGGGGAGUGGAUCGAUCAGGGGCGGGCGUGGGAGGAGGGCAGGGAGGGCGCGAGGAAGAACCCGAAUUGGGAAGCGUUGAGGGAUGUGGGAAGGUUCAGGCUCAGCGAGGAGAGAAAGGUCGUCAAUGGCCGAGGGGGGAAGGUCAUCAGGUCCAAGAGGGAGGACACAGCGUAUUAUAUCAAACCUCGACCGGGAUUGCACGCCUUCCUGAGUCGCCUAUCGGAGCUGUACGAAAUGCACGUCUACACCAUGGGCACGCGGUCGUACGCGUCUCAAGUAGUGCGACUCAUCGACCCCCUCGGCAAUCUCUUCGGCUCCCGGGUCCUCUCACGAGACGAAUCCGGCAGUCUGACAUUCAAGAACCUCACUCGGCUCUUUCCGUGCAACACGAGCAGCGCGGUGAUCAUCGACGACCGCGCGGACGUAUGGGAUCUCAGCCGUGCGAACCUGGUAAAGGUGGUACCGUACGACUUUUUCAGCGUGGGGGAUAUCAAUGCCACUUUCUUGCCUGCCUUGGCACAGAAUGGUACCCCUUCUUCAUCACCUAGUCCUGGUCCGACGAACACCACCGUCCCCCCCUCUCCUACUCUGGCAGACGAAGAACAGCCGGCAGACCUCAUCCCCACCGUCGCGCUCGCCCUGGAGGAAGCGGAAGAAUCAGAAAAGGAAGAAAAGCAGAAAGCGGCGAUGGAGUUGCUCCAAGAGGAGAAGCUGGCCAAAGAUAGAGAAAGCCGGCCGCUCCAGAAACUGAUGGAAGAACUUGAGAAACGGGAGGCUAGGGAGCGGAGCGAGCGAGCUAGGAGCAGGGAGGGCAGCUCUAGAGGCAGCUCCAGGGAGCGCCAGGCGGAGGGGGAGAAGGAACCCCAGGAAGAACAGGCGGUUAAUGGACACGUCUCCUCUGGAGGGGAGAGUCCGACCAGUACGGCCGUCCCUGGGGAAACGGAGGAGGAACCGGUUACGGAGCGCGCGCUGCUCACCAAUGAUGAUCAUGAGCUGUCGCGGGUGCUCAGGAUCUUGGAAGAGAUCCAUCGCCGGUAUUUCCAACAGUACGACCUCUACGUCGCCGACAAGAACACACGCAAGGAGCCGUCCGUGAUGGAGAUCAUACCCGAGAUGAAAGCCGAGGUUCUCUCCGGUGUCCAUCUCGUAUUCUCCAGUCUCAUCCCUAUCGACAUGCCUCACCAGAACACGGACCUAUGGCGUCAAGCACUCCAGUUCGGCGCUGCCUGCUACACCCGCGUAGCGCGCGAAGUCACCCACGUUGUCGCUGCUAAACGGGGGACGGAGAAGGUCCGCCAGGGGGUGGCAAGAGGAUGCAAGAUCGUGAACCCGUAUUGGUUUAUGGAUUCUGUUGCUGCUUGGGAGCGCAAGAAGGAGGAGGAAUACCCGCUUGAAGGGAUGGAGGGUGCUUCUCCUGCCAAGGAGGGGCUGCCUGAGGAGGCCGCUGGGACGCGCUCGCCUUCCCCACCUACCAUCAAUGGGAAUCAUGAGAACGCGCCGUCGGAGAACGGGGAUGUGGGGGUGCGUGAUGGGGAAGAUGGUAUGGGCGCUGGGGACGAGCCUGGGGAAGGGGAGGAGGAUUUGGGAGAGGAUGUGGAUCUCGGAGAGUUGGAUUGGAACGAGAUGGAUGCAGAGUUGGAGGAUCUGAUGGAAGAAGAAGAUGGGGACGACGAUGACCAGCCCGAGGACGGGGAUUACCCUGACGAGCCUGAGGAGGAGAGCGAGGCUGCUGCGCGUGCCAGGGGGAGGAAACGGAGGCGGGCUGAGGACAUUGAGACCCCCGCGGAGUCGGACGAUGAGCACUCGGCCAAGCGCCGCAAGAGGCGGGACGAAGGCUCUCUUGUUGGCAAGGCGGACGAGGGGAUCCUCCAGGCUAGCCAGAUGGUCGAUGAUGACCCCAAUAAUGGGCAUGAUCUGGCUGAUGAUGAGAAUGAUGAGGACCUGGAUGAUUUCCUUGCUCGGGAUCUGGAGGGGAUGGAGGAUGAGGAGGAUGAUGGGGGUGGGGAUGAGGGGGAAUAAGGUGAUCAAAACUUGAAUUCUGUGGCCUUUUGUAUUGUAUUCAUUGUUAUACCCGGCUGGUUACGUUUAUAUCCUGUGUUCUCUUCGGUGUAUCGCAGUUGGAAAUUCUACACGCA